AUGCUUCUAGUAUGCAAUUCAUCCGUAGCUAUCAUUCUUUCAAGUUGUGUUUUACUCAAGAUGGCAAUAUUCACAUUACAACAUGAUUUAAACCAGAGUAGUGAAAAAAAUCUUUCAUUCUGUGUUAUUUUAGGUUUCUUAUUAUAUGCUACGGUUAGUGUUCAGAAUUAUUCAUAUUUAUUAACAGCUGUGUACCAAUAUAUGUCUGUAGUCUAUUCAAAUAAAAUUAUGUGGCGAACAAUUAAAAUUCAAUGGUGUCUUAUAAUUGUAAUUUGGAUUGUCUGUAUUAUAGAUAUCCUUCCAGUGUUCGUGACUGGACAAAUAACUUACAAUGUUAACAAUCAAAGUUGUCAAGUACCACUUCGUCUGUCUCUACCACUAAUCUAUGUGGCAGCAAUUAUCUAUAUGAUUCCUAAUUCCGGUAUUGUUGUUGUUUAUAUUAAAUUAACCCAAUAUGUUCAACAAAUGAGUUCUCGUACUAUAUCAAAUAAUACUAUAUUUCAUGCUCGACGAGAACUAAGACUGCUUAAACGUACUUUUAUUCUUAGUAGUACUCUUAUUGUCCUUGGUUUACCAUAUAUGAUAUUUAAUUUGAUAUCCUUUUUUACAACUCCGCCAAAGUAUGAUCUUCGUAUUGCUUAUAUAUGUAUUGAUAUAUCCGUAUUAGUGGUUGUAAUAAUUGGAUACUGUUUUACACCAAACAUUGGAACAAUUAUUCGAAAAAUAUUAUCUCGAUCAGCUCCAGUCGAACCAAUGACAAUAAGAUAUACAGCUGGAACAUAA